UAAAAUAUUGUUGAAGGAUAUCGACAUAAUGUGUGCCUCUACAAACUAGGGUUUGUUGUAGAGUUGUAAUAGGAGUAGUUAUAGAUUCCCUAAUUAUGUUUGGACUCUAUUACCUUUACGGUACUUUGUAAUUCCCUAUAUAUAGGGCUCCUAUUAUCAAUAAUACACACAACUAUUUCUACACAAUUCUAUUAUCCUACAACACGUUAUCAGCACGAGUUCUAACCCUAGCUUCAGAAAAAGAAAAGAAAAAAACCUAGAACUUCCUCUCUGCCGCCAACCCAAAACAAAACAAAAAAAAAAAAUCUCCAUUCCGGCCUGCCUCAGCCUCACCUCAUCUCAUCUCACCUCACCGGCCGAACCUGCAAACCCAGCAGCCCAGCCCGGCCGGCCUCCUCCCCAGCGCCCCCGCGCCCAGACGCCUGCGGCUCAGCACACCAGCCUCACCCCAGCAGCCCACUGCAGCCCCUGCUGCCUGCACUGCUUCCUGCGCGCUGCUGCCUCCCUGCCAGCACACCACAGCCUCCCUGCCACUGCGCUGCUCCUGCUGCACGUCCCUGCCAGCCUACCGCGACCCCGCAGCCCGCUCAGCAGCCCUGCAGUACGCUGCGACCCCGAGCACCGCUAAGCAGCCCCGCAACCCCGAGCACCAGUACGCUGCUUCCCUGCACCCAUACCACCAGCGAACUGCAGCAGCGACCCACUAGCAGCACCGCCUCCGAUUUGCACCACCAGCAGCAGCCCAGUCCGCCUGCAGCCUAGGAGGAAGAAGAACGAACGAAAGAAAGAAGAAGAAGACCGAAAAAAAAAAAUAAUAAAAAAAAGAGAAGGGCUGGGCCCGAAAAAAAAAAAAGAAAAAAAGGGAAAGGGUUGGGCCCGGAAAGAAAAAAAAAAGGAGAAAGAAGAAAAAAAAAAAGGGGAAGGGAGAAGGGCAGCCCACCAACUGCCAUUUCCGACCAGAUUCCAGCGAUCUUAUUUUAGCUACACGCCUGCAUCAACACGCGCGUGUCUUCAAGCCAAGAACAAUCACGAUGUCGAAUGAACCUAGACUCGACUUUCCCAUGCUUGACUCAACAGGCUCAGAUUACCACAGUUGGGUAACCGAUGUUGAGAACCAUCUCACUUCAAAGGGAAUAUUACCCAUAAUCCAGGCACCUAACCCGGAUCUUGUGUUCAUCAGAACAUCUGCAAAGAAUGCUCAAGCAGUUAUCUUGAUGCGACGUCAUAUGGACAAAGCACUCAGAUUGGAGUAUAUGUCGAUCAAGGAUGCAAGAGAGCUAUGGGUAGCGCUAGAAGAGCGUUUUGGCAAUGUCCAAGAUUCCCUCCUCCCUGACUUGAAAGUUCAAUGGAACAAUCUGCGCUUUGCUGACUUCAAGUCUGUUGCUGAAUAUAAUUCAGAGGCUCUUCGCUUACAAUCCAUGUUGCGAUUCUGUGGACAACCUGUCACAGAGCAAGAGCUAAUUGAGAAAACUCUCUCCACCUUCCCCGUCUCAGCCAUUGUGGUAUCAAAGCAAUACCGUACUGAGGUUAAUGCUGGACGGAUCACGAGGUUUCAUCAGCUUAUCAAUAUCAUAUCUGUAGCUGAGAAACAUGAUAACAUACUCGUGAGAAAUUAUAAUUCAAGGCCCAUUGGAACUAAGAGCGUUCAUGAGGCGAAUUAUAAUGCACCCAAAAGAGGGCGCAAGGAGCGAAACCCUAAUGAGGGACAUGAAGGACGUAUGGGUCCAUAUAACCGCCCUAAUAAGGAAGGAAACCGCAAGUUUGGUGCGGAUACACGUGGUGGCAAUGUCACACGUGGGGGAGAUGGUCGUGGUCGUGGUCAUGGUGGUUGCGCCAUGGCUCGUGGUGGAGGUACCAUGGGUCGUGGUGGUGGCACCAACCCUCCUAGGGAACGCCCACAACGUGCACAACGUGCACCUCAAUUAAAGGGAGGCAACCGCAAUGAUGAGUGUCAUCGAUGUGGAUCAAUUGAGCAUUGGUUCAAGCAAUGCAAGGCAAGUGAGGAACUAGCUGCAAGAUACAGGGUAUAUAGGGACCUGAGAGAGCAAGAAGUGUACCUUGCAGAAGAAGAAGAAGAUGGUGGAGAUGUCAAUCUCACCAUAGAGGACUUCAAAGCUGAAGAUGAAGUGCACAUGGAUGCAACAGACUUUGAUUAGAUUAGUCCUUUUUAUUUUUCCAAGAACUUUUGUAAUGGCAAUUUGCCUUAGUCAAUAAAUGACAAUUGUAUUAACUCUUUCUUAUGUGGCGGACCCAAUAAAAUGUGAUGUCUAGGAAAGUCAUUGAGAUUAUUGGUACUUAAGAGAGCCUCGCUCCACCAACAUCUCUCUCUACUUCCCUGGUCAUAUUUGAUUGGAGUUACCAAACGGAUAGAGUGACUACAAUGUGUCUUACUUUGAUUUUAUUUUGGAUUAGACUUUGGAAACUUUGAUGUAAUCAUUGGCUAUUAAUAAAGUGUCAAUUCUUUUA